UGGAACAUUGGAUUUCAUGUCGCUGUCAAUGGCUGCCGGGAUUUGUUUAUUCUUGGUGCGAAUUUUGUCUCUCGGAUUAUGCCAGAUCCCACACCCUCACGAGCUUAUCUAAGCCUGUCGCAAUCUUGCUUCGGUUCAUUUUGUCCCUUUGCUCAUCGUCCUGUCGGUAUCCGUCCCCCCUGGAUGCUUCUGGGCCGUGUAGAUUUUAGCUUAAUGUGUUCUUGGGUUGCCGUCUAAAUUUGGGAGUAGGAUAACGUUGCUUGGAUUGGUGGCUAGUGUAGUGGUGGUAGCCAGCCAAGAAACCAUUUCUUUCCGGUGUAUUAUUAGCAACCGGAGAGAGGGUGUUGUGAAUUGGGAAUUUCGGGAUUAUUGCUUUGAGAAGAGGGCAGUGAUGGCUGAGGAAGAAGCAAAAAAGCCGGCGGUGGUAGUGGCCAUGAAGGGUCAUCCGGGGUCUGGCAAGUCCACGGUGGCGCGCGCCAUCGCCACCGCGCUCUGCUGCCCACUCCUGGACAAGGACGAUGUCCGGGACUGCACGCUGCCACUUGAGCGCGUCGACGGCCUUGCUGUCGGCAUGCUCAAUGAGCUCUCCUAUGCCGUGUUGUGGCGGAUGGCAGAGAGGCAGGUCCAGCUCGGCUUGUCCGUUGUUGUGGAUUCCCCGCUGUCACGCCGCGCUCACCUUGACGCGCUCACCCGCCUCCCGGGUGCCCUUGUUAUCGUUGUGGAAUGCCAGCCAGGCAAUGAAGAGGAAUGGCGCCGAAGGCUGGAGAAGCGAGGGGCUGCAGUGCCAGAAGAUGGUGGUGAUGGGUGGCAUAAGCCGAAGACGUGGACCGAGCUGGAAAGGCUUCGGGAUGGGUACCAAGGUUGCACAGAUUAUGAAUUUGGGGAUGUGCCAAGGAUUGUUGUGGAUACAACUGAUCCGACAGCCAAUUCAGAGGCAAUUUCUGUCAGGGUUGUAGAGUUUAUUGGAUCUAUUCUUGCUUGUGACCAUUAAGUCUGCUAUUAUUUCUUAUCGAGCAUCAAAAAUGGGGAGUAACUCUAGGUCAGAAUUUCAUUACAAAAUGAUGAUAUGUUGUCCUCUUCAUGUAUAGUUUUCAUGGUUUUUGUGUUCUCUUUCUUGUUUAUCCUGUCCCGACUUAUUCAGGUCAAUAGGUAUUCCUACUCUGUUUAUGAAUGUUAUGUGAAUAGUGUACAUAUAUGCAACUCUUUCUGGCCAAGUUUAAAUCUCUUUCUGAUCUUAAUUUCUCAGAAUGGACAAUGAAGUUGUUGCAUUUUCACAUUUUAAAAGAAAGGGAAAUGGGAAAUAAGUGAAACUACAACACUAGAUCAGUGUGGAUUCUAGUAUGCAAUGUAUUUUUAUGCAGUCAUAACUGCUUUACGUUACCAUUUUGUAAAUUUUCACAUACUUUCCUACUCUGUAAAUCAUUCAUUAAGUCUUUAGGAAAAUCAUUAAUUUGUUAUUGACCAUUAGGGUAUCCUCUUGUUCAUAUCAUCCCUUCCCUGUGUUAUUAGUUUCUUUCAGGAGUCACCAUUAAAUUUUGUAGCAAUGUUGAUUUCCAUGUAUGUCUAAUGGGAUAUUUUUUUCUAGAAUGUUUUUCAACAUUACCAAACAGCUGGUGCAAAGAUUAAUACAACAGGAUGUAAUCAUAGCUCAUAACUAAUGGAUAAGUGCUAUAUUCUUUGCAAAUUUUUCAUGCUUCCAUUACCUUAGUUGAUGGGAUUUUGGAAAUUUCAGAAUGAGAGAGAUAUCAUUUAGUUAACCUGUUAUGUUUAUUUAUUGAACUCUCCAGCAUGAGAAACUUCACGCGAAAGCUGGAUUUUAGCAAUGCUUGUGGAGUUAACAAGAUAUACCACAUGCUCUAGUCUUUUUUUAUUAUUAUUUUCUGUUUGACAUCUUGUUAUUUUAUUGCACUGUUGUAAGACAAUUUUUUCCUAUUACCUUGUGCGCAUUCCGUUAAGACUAAUAUAACCACCUCAUUUUCUGUUGUUUCAGUUUCCUGGUGCUAGAUGGCAUCUUCUGUUCUUCAGCCUGGGGUGCCUGUUACCUUGCAAGAACUAGAGCCUUCCUCAGAGUCCUUCAGACAAGGAGCAUCGCUUAGAGUAACUGGAGUGUAAGUUCUGCAGUCGUAUGAUUUGAACUCUGCAAUUGCUGUUAUUCAAGACGGCGGUGCAAGCCUCAAGGUAGACACUCAGAACUUGAGAGAGAUCAGCUUCCGCACAAAUUCAACCUACCAGUUCAUCGGUGAACUCCUGAUCAAACCAGAUAACGAUGCCGUUUUGCAAGCACGCGUAGGUAGGAAUGUCGACGGUAUUGACCUGAACCUCUACCAGCAAUCUUUGCUCAUCCGACGACAAUAUGAAGCUCAACUACGGUCCAGGAGAGCAUGAUCCAAAGCCCUGUGAAUCAGGAAAAUGUUCAAUGAUCUGUCUGCUUGACUGCAAUGGUUCCCAGUUGCAAAGGGGAGCAGAGUAUCAUAACUAAAUCUCUGAAGGCAGAUCAUGUCAGUAGGACUAGGACCACCAUAAACAUUGGUGGUGAGAAUUGAGAUGUAGAGCAAAUUGUCUGGUUGUUUUCAUGCCUGGAGAUUUUUCUGUUGCAUGACUUUGUUAGGAAACAUGUACUUUUCAAAUUUCAUCAAAGUGAUGCAGAGAACAGGAUUAACUAGAUUGGUGAAAAAGGUGUCGCUCGUAUGCAGAAUCAUUAGUUUGGACAGUGAAGUGUGAAGCAGAAACAAA